AUGCUUUACGAGUAUGGUUCUCCUCUUCAUGCAGAGUCCGUAGCACAAUACAGAAAGGAAUAUGCAGUUAGCAAUUUGAAAUAUUACGAGUAUCCUGUUCAUUUACUACCUUCUUCAGAUUAUCAUAGAUUGAUAAACCUGAGUUUCACUUUCCAUACUCUUAAUUUAGACUGUGGACUGUCCAAUCCAUUCAUUUUAGUUAUCAUCUACACAGCUCCGGAAAAUUUUGCAAAGAGAAAGGUUAUCAGACAAACUUGGGCUUCCAAGAGAAGUGAUGUCCUUACACUAUUCGCUCUUGGGGAAACAAGUGAUCUAAAAAUCAACUCUAGACUGCAGGACGAAAACAGGAUCCAUAAAGAUUUCCUGCAGGGCUCAUUCCAGGAUUCCUACAAAAACCUCACCUAUAAACACGUGAUGAUGUUGAAAUACCUGAUUUAUCACUGUCCCGAGGCAAAAUACCUGUUGAAGGCUGACGACGAUAUCUACAUCAACCUGCCGGCUUUGUUGAACUUCCUGAAGGAUGUAUCCCCGAUCGGAGCCAAGAAUUUCCUGUUCUGUCCUCCGAACUAUGCCAAAGUUGUCAGAAGUUUCAGACAGUAUAGCUCGAAAUGGAGACUCACAUUCAAGGAAUACCCACAUAGGUAUCAUCCUCCUAGUUGUAAUGGUUUCUUCUUCGUUUAUUCGAAGAAUGUAGCUUUUCAACUAUAUAGGCAGGCGCAGAAUACGGAGUAUUUUUGGCUGGAGGAUGUUCAUAUCACCGGACAUUUGUUUAAGAAGUUAGGUAUAAAUCAUGUGAACGCGCGACCGUUUAUGAUAAUCCAGAAGAAAUUAGCGGAAAUUAUGAAGACUGGCGUUAUCCAUCCUUGGCCCUUUUAUUUUUCCGGACCAGAUCUGAGCGAAAAUGAAAUUGAAUGGUUGAAUGAUUAUGUUGUCAAUCGUGAAGUGUGAGAUUCUAUGGCUCAUCUUAUGGAACCUAUGAUUUGUGUCCAAGGAGGCUAGAACUUCUCAAUUCAAGAUUAGACUUUUCCACUUUCAAUGAAACAGUUUUUCUUCUCGUGGAUAUAUUUUUCC